CUGUGAACCGAGCCUACCUGCCGGUCCGGCCGCCAGUCGCUCGGCGUGUUCGCCAGGUUCGGUAUAGUGCGCGGCCGCGAGAGACGUUUCUCUCUCACACGUAUACAUUCGAAUUUUCAGCCGAGUCGAAAACUCUCUGUGUACAAGGUUUAUCUCACCAGCUAUACGGACGUGUCGAGAGGUUAGGUGCAGAGCGCAGCUGUGUUGAAUCUGUGCGCGCGACCGAUGAAGUGCGUGUUGUUAUUUCCAGUUUGGUUCUUCCAUCAGUGUGAGUAACGCGCUGCUGUAUAUCGAGAGAGAGAGAGAGAAAAAAAAAGUGACAGAGAAAGGUACGAGUGCGAGCGUGAUAUGAGUCGACGCUGCUACUGCUUCUGAGCUCCUUCAUCUGCGCUUCCGCGCUCUGGAUGUGCCGGUCUCGCCGAUCCUCCUCGACCCACGCUAGGUUCCGAGCCGCAGCGAACGUCGCCGGCAGCCAUGGCUUGCGCAAGGUGGGCCAGUCCCGCGACGAGUGCGUUACCGAGGACAACAAAAACGAGCUGUGAGAAGCGAAGGAACUCAAGCCCUGCCGCGACGUCCUCGGCGUGCAGAGAGAUGGCAAGCACAUUCCGGACGAGGUGCUUACUUGGCAUGCUGUGCAUCGCUCUCUUACCAAAUAUAGUGGCAUCCAAAGGACUGUGCGAGCUGGAGAUCGACCAAUCGAAUAUCAUUCUGGACAUCGAGGAGAGCAGAGGAGACUCUAUCGAUCAGGAAACGGUGCCGGCCGAGUUGCCGGUGAUCGGCGAUCCCCGCAACGAGACGAUCCUCGAUCUGACCGCCACUGGGUCUCAGCCGCUCUUCACCCUCGACGGCAAGAAGCUCAAACUGCUCAGGCCUCUCGACAGGGACGAUGAGAAUCUCUCGCACGUCGUCUUCCAGCUAAGCUGCACUGUGCGAGCGACGCGCAGCAACCGCAAGAUCCCGGUGAUCGUCAGGGUCUCUGACGUUAACGACAACGCGCCCAAGUUCAUCAACACGCCCUACGAGACUACGGUUCCCGAGCUCACGCCGGUGGGUUCGACGAUAUUCAAGAACGUGGUGGCAACGGAUGCCGACGCGGGUGUCAAUGGUCUGGUCGAGUACUCGAUAGCCCCUGGCGAUGGUACCGGUAUCGGGAACAGCGAUGGCGUCGGUCGAGACCGCAUCACCACCGCUGAUGGCUACGGCUACUUCAGCAUCAACUUACCUCACCAGGGACAGGUCACCGUCAACCGCACCCUCGACUACGAGAGGACGCAGCGCUACUUCGUUACCAUUCUUGCUUCGGACCGAGCGCAGAGAUCCACGGAGCGCUUCACCUCGACGACGACCCUGACGGUGAACAUCCGCGACGACGAUGACCAGGACCCCAGCUUCAUCUACAAGGGCUGUAUGCUGCUCAACGGCGCCUGCAUCAAUCCGGAAUACUCGGCCUCGGUUUCGAGCGGUGUCCUCUCCGGCAUCCUGAACAUCUCGCCGGAGAAGAUUCAAGCGGUGGAUAUGGACAGCAUCAACGCGCCGAUUCGCUACUCUUUUCUCAGCGGAAGCCCCGGAAAUUACAGGGACUUCUUCGAGAUCAACCCGAGCACUGGCGCCGUCAAGCAGAUCCGCGCUGUCGACACGACCGUCACCAAGAAGUUCGACAUCAUCAUCAAGGCGGUGGAGGACUCGGAAGCCGAGCGGUCCGCAACGGCCAAGCUGAGCAUCACCGUGAAACCGGUCGACAGCAAUCCUCCAGUCAUCUCAGCAUCGUCGAUCGAGGGCUACGUUGACGAAAACGCGCCUGUUGGUACCAAGGUCACCGACGCCGCCGGCAACCCUAUCGUUCUGUCCGUCUCCGACGCUGAUCUCGGAGCUGAGGACCCGAAGCCGGAGUACACGUUCGAGCUGACGACGACGUUCUUCUCGAUCGACAAGGCCGGCACUCUAGUGGUGAACGAAGAGAACCUGGAUCGGGAUCCUCCGAGCCCCGGUCGUUUCAGAUUCCAGGUAGUAGCUCGCGAGCGCAGCGGACUCGCUGCCUCGUCGCCGCUUUCCUUCGUGGUCACUCUCAACGACGUCAACGACAAUGCACCCAUGCUGCCCAUGACACCGCCCAUCACCGUUCAGGCUGGCGAGACGAAACGCGAAGUCAUCAAGGUCGAAGCGACGGACAACGACGAUGGGCCGAACGCAGAGAUCACCUACAGCAUCUACCACGUGUCGAACAACGGAUUGCAAAAGUUCAAGAUUGACCCGAAGAGUGGUCUGAUCGAGUCCGUGGGUAAACUCAACGCUGGCGAGCAGUACAGUAUCACUGUCCAGGCGACCGACAACGGCGGAAAGUACUCGCAGACCAUCGUCGAAGUCAAUGUCAUACCCGGACCCAAUACCCGCAGUCCUGUUUUCCAGCAGCAGGUCUACGAGGUACAAGUCAGCGAGGGAGCUUCCAUCAACUCCACCGUCGCUACCAUUAUCGCCGUCGAUCCGGAAAACGAUCCCGUUUCGUACUCCAUCGUCUCUGGUAACGACCUCCGGCAGUUUGCGAUCGGCGACAAGUCUGGCGUCAUUACCGUUAUAAGGAAGCUCGACAGGGAGGAUCUCACGCGCUAUCAGCUGAUUAUCAAAGCGGAGGAUACCGGCGGACUGUCCAGCACGUGUACUGUGAACAUUAAGGUGACGGACAUCAACGACAAGAAUCCUGAGUUCGAAGGUCUGCCUUAUGAAUUUUCGGUAAAAGAGGGUGAAGCGCGCAAGCUGAUCGGUCGAGUGCAUGCCGAGGACGCUGAUGAGGGCAUCAACGCUGAGAUUACCUACUUCGCACCGGACGACAUUCCCUUUACCGUCGACCCCGAGACAGGCGAUGUACUUACCAAGCUUGCUCUUGACUACGAGCAGAAUCACGAAUACAAGUUUGUCGUAACGGCUCGCGAUGGAGCACCGGACCCCAGGCUGGCUACGGCGACAGUAACGGUGCGCGUCAUCGACGUUGAAGACGAGGUGCCUAUUUUCCACCAAAGCAGUUACGAAGCUAGCGUCAAAGAAAACGUACCUGACUACAUGGUCACUCAUGUUAUGGCUGACGAUCCGGAUAGCAAAAAGCAGGUGACGUACGUGAUAAAGCAGGGUGAUACGGACCUAUUCAGCAUCGAUCCGAAGACUGGAAUUAUCAAGACGAUCCGUGGCCUAGACUACGAACGCGAGACUCAACACAUUCUGAUAGUCGGCACUGAAGAGAAUACGAGCAGUUUACCGGGUGCCACGACGCGUGUUGUCAUUAACGUCCAGGAUGUCAACGACAUCCCACCCGUGUUCACGAUGGUACCUAGGCCUGUUACUCUCGACGACAACGUGCCUAUCGGCGCCAGUGUAGUAAAUCUUAUCGCCACAGAUUCCGACGGCACUGCACCUGGAAAUCAGGUGCGCUACGACGUAAUAGGCCGCGGUAUCGCUGGCAAGUACUUCGUGAUCGACCCAGACAGUGGUGUUCUUCGCGUGCGGGACGACUUGCGUAAGGUCACGGAUACGGAGUUCCAGGUAGACGUGCGCGCCUACGAUAUGGGCGACCCGCAGCUUUCCUCGGUCACCACAGUACCAGUUUACGUGCGUCACGUGGCCGGCCCACCGUCAGAGGCUGGUCUAGGCUUCGCCGAAGACUCGUACAAUGUGGACGUGCCGGAGGAUGCACCUGCUGGCACGUUGAUCAAGGUCCUCAGCGUGAUCAACGCAAGCUCGAGGGAUGCCUCGCUGCUCGACUGCGAGAUUUACGAGGGCAACGAGGAGAGACUAUUCAGGGCGAAUAUCACGGAGGAGAAGAACUGCGCGUUGUGGCUCGAGAAACCUGAGCUAGAUUUCGAGAGCACUGAAAGCUACCAGAUCAAGAUUAGACUGCAAGCUGCCGCUGGACUAAUUAAGAGUGGAAGGAACAUUACGAUGGUAAAGAUUCAGGUAGUGGAUGUAAAUGACAACAAGCCAGAGUUUAUGUUUCCUCAGGCUAAUCUGACGAAAGACCGAUAUUUCGCGAAUGUCCCACUAGCUGCUCAUUUCGAUUCAACGGUGCUCGAAGUCAAGGCUCACGAUAAGGACAACGGCAAGUACGGCAAGCUUGAAUUUUCACUGGUCUUUGACAACGAGCACAAUCGAGCUAGCGACUUCUUUGCCAUUGACCCCACCUCUGGCAUCAUACGUACCACAUCCAAUUUCGAUACUGUCGAACCGCGGGAACUGCCGUUUAGGUUUAUCGUCCAAGCGAAGGACAAUCCGAACUCUACGAACAACUCCAACGUGGUUGAGGCACCGGUGAUUGUGAACCUCGUUGGGCCGGACAAUUUCCUUAUCUUGACGAUAGAAAACGCCUCUCCAGAGUCAUUACAAAAGGAUCGGGCGAAGAUUGCUCGUGUUAUCAAAGAUAAGACUGGCCUGCUUAUUGAGAUUGAAAAGAUCGACUCCCGAAGAUCGCUUUCAGUGAAUAAUACCAUAGAUGUGCGACACCAUGAUUCCGAUAUCUGGUUCUAUGCGAUCGAUCCUGAGAGCGAGAAAAUUCUGCUCAGGAAUAGCAGCCUAUUGCACAGGCUAAUACUGGACAGGCCGGCGAUGUCGAACAUCACUUACGAUCUGUCGCCGCUGUUGCGGGCGACGGCCGUCGACAUUCACGCGCCAGUCAUGGAGCCGGAACCGGCGCGUACGCACACCGCUGUCGCCUUCAGCGGCGAGGUCUUCCCCUACGCCCUUAUCAUUAUCGCCUUCGUCAUACUCGUCCUCGGAAUCGCUGGUAUCAUCUACAUCUGCGUCUCCUGGUCCAGGUACAAGGCGUACAAGGAGCGCAUGCAGCGCAUGUACGUGGUGCCACGCUACGACCCAGUCUACGUCGAGCCCAACCUCAAAGAGUACGAGACGCAGGUGCUGCAGAUGAGUGUACCCGUCGACGACAACGACAGCUACAAUGAUCUACAGCUGGACUUCAGCAACAAGAACCACGCUUUUAGCUUGGACAACGUCAGCUAUAUCACCAAGGAGAACGGCGAGAGCACGGGUCAACAAAGCCCGGUGUCCUCAGAGGCGGCGACAACGGCUCGAGCCUCGAGCAUCGUCGGAAACCACGACUCGCACGGAGCGCAUUCGCUAAGACGCAAGGGUCAGUCCAAUAGCGGCGGCCAGUCGGUUCCCCCCGGCAACAACCGAGAUACUCCUGUGCUGAAUCCGCUCUACAACCACGACCUACUCAGUGCAAGUCCGUCGAACGAUAACGUCAUCUUCAGGGAGAGGAAGGACUACUCGCAUCUCGGCUUUACGUACCUCGGCGAGCAGAGCCCCGUCGAGACCACCACCGAGUUAUAAUUUUCUCGUCGUUCUAGACGAGAUGACUCCGCGAGUGCGCGUGUGAUUUUUUUAAGACAGUGGAGAGUGUUUUUUUUUUCAUAGUGACCACUGCUGUAAGAGAUUCAGCGAGAAGAAACAAAGUUACUUACGGAUUAUUCAUAUACUCGUAAAUGCGAAGACUUGAGGUAGAGAGCAAAAUUGCAUAAUCAAGAGAAGAUAUCUAUGAAAGAUUUUAAGUAUAAGUAGCUAAGCCUCAAAAGUUGUAAAUGUUGUUGAUUACUUGUAUUAUUGAUAUGGUAUUGGAUUAUAACGACUCUACUGACUUUAUUAGUACUUAUCAACGUGAUUGACUAAAUCGAACGCAACGAACUUUUGUAUCGAAAAAGUUGAUGUAAUUUUACUUUAAUCGAAUACUUUUAAGAAUGCUUGUUGUCUUUUUUAACGUUAAUCAGGAGAAAAAAGACAGCAAACCUGCCAAUUACAAUUUAUUUAACAUACGAUAUGAUUUUUUUACCUAGGAUGAGUACGAUGGAAAUGUAAUAAUCAACUGCCACCAAUCUAUUCAUUAAUAUUAAUAAUUUAAAGACGCACAUUUCAUUCGUAUUGCGUCAAAAAUAUUUUCUUAUACAAUUUUUUACGAAUAAAGAGAACGGUUAUAUUGACGAAAGGAUUCUUUUGUGAGAGAUAAAAGUCAGCAAGUACGAGUGUUAUUUGCAUUUCACCGAGUUUGCUCUAGUAGAAAAUUCAUUUGCAGCCCCGACCGUCCAAUGUAAAGUAAUGCGAGGUGAAGAGAGAAAAUUAAAUGUUCGCAUGUGUAUGUCUGUAUAUGGUGAGUCGAAUUUCGUGUAUUUCCUCGAACAGAAUGACGUCGUAUCUGCAUAUGCACACAAUGCAUCGAUCGACUUGAUUAUUUAUGUUGAUGCGUGUCUAAUUACGCUAACGAAUUCACUGUAAUUAUCGCUACCGUAAAUAUAUAGCACUUUAUCUAACGUACAUUAAUUAAUAUUUUUAGCGAAAAUAUUGAUUGUUACUUUCAUGGUGUUAGAUGAUAAAGUCAAGCAGAAUUUGGCGUUUGUAAAUUUUAGCUGUAAACAUAUUAUACAUAAGUUUUUAUCUAUGUUUUAUCGAAUUCAGUCGGUGGAUCCUUUAUUGUAAGAAAUAAGGAAAGUUACGUGAGUUAUCUUAAGAAUCAAGUGAUCUUUAGUUACCCAAUUGUAAAUUAUUCUUACCCGUUAUUUGUACUAAAAUAAUUACUGUAUUUCACCUGGAUCGAUCGCUUGAUUCUUGAGUCGCCGUAGAUAUCUAGGCGUCGAUAUAUAUUUUUUAUACGAACGAAUUGUGUAAAUCAAAUGUCUUUAUUUCAGAUUUAUUGACCUUAUGAUAGCUAUAUUAAUAAUACCUUAAUUUAACAAGUGUAUAAUAGAUUUUUUAUGUACCUACUUUAUAUCAGUUGAAUGGUGGAAUCAUACGGAAAAUAUUGAUUCCCUAUUUUCUUUCCGAGAAUCUCAUUUGAUGACUUAAUCCCACUGACAAUAAUAGCAACUCCUUUCUUCUAUCUUCGUCUUUUUUUAAUCGGUCGGCCAGGGAAAGUGCCUUUAGUCAUACUUGAUCCGUAUUUACUGUCAAUAGAUUACUUAUGUAAGCUUUUUAUAUGUAGCGUUGUUUUCCCUUGAUUUUUCGCGAAUAUUGAAAUGUUCAUCCAGAAUAAUGAAGUGCGAAAAUUAUUUGUAAAAAUAUCUUGUUAAACACGUAAUAAUAAAUUUAUUAUAUUAUUAA